AUGUACGUCCAGCACACUGGGCUGAGACCCUCAAGUACCAACCACUGGAGGUAUUCUACCCACGGUAUCCGUCCUCCGCGGAAGGGCCUUGCCCCUAAGCACCGCAGGACGUCUUUGCGUCCUUCAAGACGCACUGGUAGUCAGCGCUGGUCUCGAUGGCGACUCAUAGAAGCCAGAAGCGUUGCACCAACCUGCAAACGCGGAGAUUACAUUGAUUACAUUGCAACUGCCUGGAUUGGCUGGAUCACGGUUACUGUCGUCCGCGGUUUCCGUCUGCCAUGGGUAAAGACUCAGUAG